GCAGGCACUGAAAAAUCCAGAGACAUUGUUCCCCUCAGAUCGACAAUCACCUGCCCAGAACACAUCCCUCAAAAAGUCCAGAGCUUGCAGAAGAGCUAUGGAUUACUACAGAAAAUAUGCAGCUGUCAUUCUGGUCAUGCUGUCCAUGUUCCUGCAUAUUCUUCAUUCUCUUCCUGAUGGAGACUUUAUUAUUCAGGGUUGCCCAGAAUGUAAACUAAAGGAAAAUAAAUACUUCUCCAAGCUAGGAGCCCCCAUCUACCAGUGUAUGGGCUGUUGCUUCUCCAGGGCAUAUCCCACUCCCGCCAGGUCCAAGAAGACAAUGCUGGUUCCAAAGAAUAUUACCUCGGAGGCCACAUGCUGUGUGGCCAAAGCAUUUACUAAGGCCACAGUAAUGGGAAAUGCCAGAGUGGAGAAUCAUACGGAGUGCCACUGUAGCACUUGCUACUACCACAAGUCGUAGCUUCUGAGCGCGCAGAGGGCUGUGCUGACGGCUGCUGAGCCGAGCCAUUCAAUGGCGCUGUGUGUCACCACCUCCUCCCUACCAGACUUCUGACGCGCUUCAGUUACACACUGCCUCUUUACGGUUACAUCCCUUAUACUUCAGUACAAUCUGCAGUCUCUUCUCGUUAGGGAAAUAUGUAGUAUUUACCACGGUUCCGUCAGAAAUAAAGCCUUUUAAAUCAUCAAUCCC